AGAGCGAGAGCGAGAGAGAUUGGGCGAAGACCAACCCCCCCUGGAUGUUUCAGUUAGGUUCUGCUGCUCCGGUGUCUUGCUUGUCAGUUCUCUCUUGUGCGGUGGUUAGUGUGGAUUCUCUUCAACGCAUUGAUAAGAUCUCUACAAAUAAUAUUCAAGGAGUUGGACAAUAAGCGGCUCAGUCAAGACUCCUUCAAACAGAGCACAUGAGCACCCCCUGGUGGCAUUGACAAGCAUUAACGCCUGUGAUCAGAGACGUGGGGAAAGAGAACCACUACCUGACUCUUCUUGUCUAUUGGAUUAUAGUUCUGUCAUUGUAUGGAGCGAAACUCACAGAGAGCCCCCAUACCAACUGGUAUUGAUCGGUAACUGAAGCAUGACAAGUUAAACUAUGCGUUAAUUAAUACCUAGAAUAAGGUAUUAAAAAGUCAACCAAAGAGUUCACUAAAGAAGACAACAAACUACAGAAACAUGGAGAUGGAAGCCUCCCGUGCUGCUUAUGCUGGGACCUUCCCCACUGAAUCUAUAGGCUCUCUACCCACCAACACCUCCUCUCCCAGCCUGCUCCAAUUCUUCUGGGAUUACCAGAACAAUGAUGUCAUUGUGACGCACUACAACUACACAGGCAAGCUCCAGACAGACCGGUAUCGUGAGGGGUUAAAACCUGAAGCCAUAGCCUUCCUGGUAGUGUGUCUUCUUAUCGUCCUGGAGAAUGCUGUGGUUCUAAUAGCCAUCUGGACCAAUAAGAAGUUCCACCUGCCCAUGUACUAUCUCCUAGGUAACCUGACUCUGUCAGACCUCCUGGCCGGUGUCACCUACAUGGCCAAUAUCAUCAUGUCUGGUCCUAAUACACUGAGACUAACUCCAAUACUCUGGUUUCUGAGGGAAGGAGGCGUCUUUAUCACAUUAGCCGCCUCCGUCAUCAGCCUAUUGGCCAUCGCGAUAGAACGCCACGUUACCAUGGUGACAAUGAAACCAUACCACGGGGCAAAGAAGGGUCGGCUGCUGGCUCUGAUCGGGGGAGCGGGCGUUAGCAGGGCUGCUGGGGUGCUCCCCGUCCUGGGCUGGAACUGUAUGGGUCGCCUGGACCGCUGUUCCACGGUUCUCCCGCUCUACGCCAAGUCUUACAUCCUGUGCUGCGUGUCCGUGUUCAGCGGCGUGCUCCUCGCCAUUGUCGUUCUCUACGCCCGCGUCUUCCGUAUCGUGCGCACUAACACCCAGCGCCAACGCCUCGGAGGAGCAAAGGGAAGCCUUCGCAAAGGCCUCGCCAGGAAAUCCCAGAAGUACAUGGCGCUCCUCAAGACAGUCACUAUUGUACUUGGCGUCUUCAUCGCUUGUUGGUUGCCACUCUUCCUCCUCCUCGGCCUAGACUCAUUCUGCCCUGCCCGCCGCUGCCGACUGCUCCUCAAGGCGGACUACUUCCUGGGUGUUGCCAUGGUGAACUCGCUCCUCAACCCCAUAAUAUACACCCUGACCAGCAAAGACAUGCGUCGCGCUAUUUUAAAACUGCUCUGCCGCCCGUGUCUCAUGACCAAGGACGGGCAGGUGAAGAGGAUGGGGGUGCCGUUCCUGGAGUGUAGCUUCAGUAAGACGGAGGUGGCAUCGAAGAAGCUGGAAGGCCUGGAGACGACGAUCUCCUCUGGGAACAUCGUCACGGCUCAGUCACCCAUAAAGACUCUCUACCCCAAGCUCUUCAAGGUCUAAAGAGCCUAAUGUGGAUAGCUCUGUGAUGGACAGGGAACUAACUCCCUAUAGAAGAUGGACAACAUAAGUGCUCCAUAUGGCCUCCUGAAAAGACAGACCUGAAGGACCCUUUGGGCAGCUCUGUGUUUAAGAGAGUAAACCAUAGAAUUAGGGGCUUUGUCCCUUCCAGUAAUUGUAUUUCUAUGGAGUGAACUUCAUAUUGAAGUGGUGGACAACAGGAGUGCUCAAUAUGGCCACCUGAAAACGGCAUCACUUCCUGUUUGGCAAUUCAACUCCAAUGGCCUCCGGCCGACUAGCCUACAUCUAUAGCUCUCUUCUGGCCAAUGAACUAAGCCUAAGAGCAAACCCUCAAAAAGACAGGUGAAUGAUCUAUGAUUGCGACAGAUAUAGCUACAGGUGUUUUUGAUGAGAGCAUCAAGUUCAGACAUAUCUCUCUUCAGCAAGUCUGUAGUGGUGCACUUGCAGCAAUAUCACCACAUCAAAAGACUGAUGUUGUAAGAAUGAUGACUAAACAUCAAGCCAGGUGGAAGAAAUUAAAAUGUGAAUUAAGCAACUCUUCUGGUACUCACAAAAACCUUCCAGAACUGAUUUGCACUAAGUUAACUCUGCAUUGAGAGAGCAUUGAAAGCCAUGGAUUAAGAUUGGACAUUCUGUUCUAGAACUAAGACUGUAAACUGGACAUUCCAACCAUGUUGAGUUGUUGUGGCGAGUGCGGCUCGGUUUACUUCACCCAACGUUUUCUAUGUUGUUGUUUGAAAUGCCUUAAAGAAGGCAUAAUAUGUACAUAAUAAUAAUAUGCCUGUGGACACCUGGACUUCGCUGGCUCGAAGGUCCAUGUUGUGCCUGCCUGUGUCCCAAAUGGCACCCUAUUCCCUAUACAGUGCACUACUUUUGACAUUUGGGAUACACUCCGAGACGCCGGUUGUGAUAACCCCAUACAGCUACACAGUGUGCCCAAACAGAAGCCUAUACAGGAAGUGGAUGCUGUGUUGUUCACCCACCAGUUGCUCUUUGAAACACAAACACACAAUGGAAACCUACGCAUGCACCUAAACAUUGUGGUACCUGGAUGUGGAGGGAGAUGUCAAACAAUAUUAAGAUCACAGGAUGCUGGUGAGGGGAGGACGACUCAUAAUAAUGGCUGGAAUGGAAUAAAUGUAAUGGUGUUAAAAGUCAUAUAAACCAAGUGUUUUAUACCGUUCCAUUAAUUAUGUUCCAGCCAUCACUAUAAGCCCCUCCUCCCCAAUUAAGGUGCCAUGAGCCACCUGUGACUAAGUUCUGGGCUUACUCAGUCAAGUAGAAACUAUCUGUUAGUUCCUGAUUCGAAUUCAUAUUUUAAAUGCCAUCACACACACUACAAUACAAAAACACUACUAUAAGAAAGCCACCAUGAACCCAACUACCUGCAGCUCUAAUCAGUGAUGGACUUCUUCCCCAAGCAAAGGACUUCAUGCAGUCCUUCGUGUUCCUCUUGUGUUAGUUAUUGUAUUGAUACGAACCGUCUGUUGCACUUGGGGGUCUCUGUUUUGAAGACCGUGUUAUAACUGAUGAAACAACAGAUCACCAGGUUACCAUCCUAACCUGCUAGUCGGCAUCAUCCAGCUGCAUUGGCUGUUUGGUAACGUUAGACUAGAACGUGCUUGUCAGCUAUAAAUCAAGAUCAAAGUGGGAAGAUACACAGCUGUAUACAGUGCUAAGUUACAAACCCAUUGACACAUCUGUUAUUUCUGGCUUUAGAGAGGCUUUUCCUAUACAGUCUAUGGACCUGAAUGUAUAUUUUUCUACGUUUCAACUGGUAAUGUCAUGUAGCAAUUCCAAAAUAAAUUGUGUUCUGUAUUUGGAUGGAUGAGAAGGUGCACCAUACUUUUGUACUGCGUGUUGUGUAUUGAGCAAUUAAUUUUUGUAUUUCUAAAGGAAUUUGUUAGGGCUUGUACUUUGUACUGUAAAGUAUAUGCUUUUGUACUACCAAGGUUCUACCAUUAUUAAAACAACUGUUUUCUGAAAAAUCUGAUUAUAAAGUUGGUGUUCACUCUGCAGGAUUAUGCACAGGUGUACAGAGCCUUCAGAAAGUAUUCAAACUCCUUUUCCAUAUGUUGUUGUUACAGCCUGGGUUUAAAAUGGAUUCAAUUGAGAUGUUGUGUCACUGGCCUACAGACAAUACACCAUAAUGUCAAGGUGGAAUUAUGUUUUACUAAUUCAUUCCAAAUGAAAAGCUGAAAUGUCUUAAGUCAAUAGGUAUUUUACUCCUUUGUUAUGGCAAGCCUAAAUAGGUUCAGGAGUAAAAUUGAGCUUAACAAGUCACAUAAGUUGCAUGGACUCUCCAAUAAAAGUGUUUAACAUGA